AUGGCACAGGUUACUGCUAUGGGGGCAGGGUUCCGCCAGUUGUUGGAAUCCUGUCGGAAUAGUAGAUUCUUAGGUUUAGAUUUGAACGGGGUUUUGAAGCUGACGCCAAUCGGGAGAAUGCUGAGGAACAAUCUGAAGGAGGAAUUUCGACGAGGGGAAGCUGGCAUGACGGUGUAUGAAGGAAGUAGCGGAAUUUCGUUUGGGGAGAAUCUUCGCUUUGUUCGGGAGACUUUCGGAGCCGAUCUUCCCUUUGGUAUUGCACUUGAGGAACGCUUCGAGAAUCAAACGAUUGCCCUCAAUGAGAACCACGGAAUCGCUUUAGACAGCGGGUCGUGGCUGUCCUGCUCGUAUCUGGUGAAUCCUACCAUGAGCAUGGAGUUUAUGUACAAAAUCCAGCGACAGCGGAAGAUCUGGUGGAUGCGGUACGCGUGCGACCCCGGACGAUAUAGAAUAUCGGAUCUUCGGCAAGACUCGAAUAGCAAAGUGCAAUCGGUUCGCAUCGAAGCUCGUUUCGCGGAGGAGCAAGUGGCACUGGAGCAGCUGGAGCUCAUCCCCGGCGAUGUUAUGCGGGAACAGAUGGAGGAUUUCCGGGUGCAAGUCGGUGGCAAGUCCAGCAGGAAGGUCACACCCAACGUUCUACGGAUCAGACAAUGUGCGGAACUGGCCACGUUGGAAGUGAUUUUGGAUGCCUUCGAAAGUUCCGGGGUGGAUAGUGUGAGAAUGCAUCGUAAAUUAGCACCGUACAAGUGUGGAAUUGUAUGCGUUUCGGAAGAUGCAUCUCAACUAGGGGAACUCCGCGACCUGGCCAGACACUUGUGCAACGUUUUGAGGAAAGCCAACAUCGCCGUCUUAGACAGUUCUUCAGUUCUAAACGGAACCGGAAGCGUCCGAUCGCUCAACAAACAGUUCCGACAUCUGGACUCUAUUGCCGUUCCCUACAGCAUAGUUCUACGAGACCAAAGUUUGCAAAACGGACUGCUUCAGCUGCGCUCCCGCGAUACGACCCUCAGUGAAACUAUCCACAUUUCAGAUUUACCCAGCUAUUUAUUGAAAAUUAUAACCAGUUAACACGAA